AUGAAUGUAUGUCGUAUUUUAAACCACAAUUUUUUUCAGUCGCUUGCAAAUAAACUGCAUUGCAUGUAUGAUGGCUUUACUCCCAAGAAAAUACCGAAAAUUGUUCAAAGUGGACGCUUCUUUUGAUUCCUACAUACAUGAUUUGAUUCUUCGGUUGUCUUAAAUCAAUGAUAAUUGAUAUUACACACGUCGUCAAACAACCCUUCGUAGAAAAUCCGAAGGUUCAUUGUGGUCAAGAUUCGUUUACCCAACAGUUGCAAUUUACUUUUCGAACUUCUCUACUUCUCUUUUCCUUGAAAAACCCACGCGAUUUGGAUGAGGAAAGGCGUUGUUUAUGUCUCUGUAGGUAAAGUGGUGCGUUUCAAGAAAAUCAAAUACAUUAUCGAUUUGUUUUGUCACAUAAUGGAGCGUUUUGAGAAUCGAAUGCGCGGGAUCACAAGAUAGUUGAAAAGAGAAGGAAAUUAAUUACUUCGAGUCAUAGUCAUAAGAAUAAAGAUCGGUUUGUUGAAUGGACACGGUAAAAAAUGAUGUAGAAUUACGAAAAUAGAGUAAAGUUAACGUAAUCUUCAUGUGCGGAAAAUAAAAAUAAUCUUUUAUAAAAUAUUGUAGCAUUACUUUAUUAUGCUCCAAGUAUACAUAUUACACUUGAGAAAAAAGGUAUAAAUAAGACCAAAUUAUAUGGUCAUAAAAUCCUUUCGAUCAACUCGGCACUAUGUACAAAGUUCAUUCUGCAUUUUACUCCAGCUUUUGGCAUUCAUCACGCAUUUUACUUUCCUUUGAUGACGUCAUUGAUUGCCGAGAUUUCCGUUCGACGAGAUAAAAAGAACACGGCAGAAACGUCAAUGAUCAGACAGAAAAACACAAAUUGAGGUUUUGUUUGUCUUGUCCAACCUGUAUUCAACAAUUUGGCCAUCCUUCGAGAUAUUGCGGUAUUACACUAGAAAAAUCUUGGAUGUCGAUUUAAGAAAAAAAUAAAUGGCUUGGAAUUGCGGAUAAUUGUAAUUUUAAUUACAAACACAACUCAAUGGCAUCAUUACAUUCAUUUUUACUUCUAAAUUCCCCCAGUAAGUUCCAGAGCCAAAGUUGACCCAAAAAUUACCGCGUCAAGUCUUUUCUUUUUUCUGGAAAAUAUUUUUCUUGUGAUCGAAAAGCUGUUUAUUCUUUUUUUUACUCUCUAAUGUGAAUAUUCGAUUGGGUUUCUUCGUUCAAAGCAUCUUUUGCCGUUAGAAGUAGCUACGAAAACAAUAGUUUCUCAAUAUUUUGGUAAGAUUGACCUCUUUUCAACUUUAUUUUUCAACUUUAGACUCAAACCGCGGCUCGAAACUGAUGUUAGGCUCAUACGGGUCGACCCUCGCUGAAAGAAAGAAGAAGAAAGAUUAUGGAUCAGCUCGUGCUUAUGCUGAAGCAGUUCGGGAUUGGCAGAAGAAGACGUAUGAUUGGUUGAAGGCCCAAAAUGACGAUUUUGUUGCUAGGAAUAACGUAAAUCCCAGUGUAUGUUGUGCUUUAUGUUUUAUUUAUAGUUUUAUGGUGGCUAAAGAGAUUUAAUAAUAAACGAACUUAUUUUAGUUAGUACAAAGUGGAUUGAACCUUUCUGAGAUUCGCCCUCAAGUCGUAAUCAACCAAGUCAAUGUGAAUAUUCAUCAUCGAGAAGUGGACGCUCUAGUAACAGAGAGAUAUACAAUUCCAUCGUAUUGGCGGCGAAUUACGGCUGAAAUAAUUGAUUUUGUGAUGUUAUUUGUCCUCAAAGUUGGAAUCGUUUAUUCUUUGGUCCAAAUGGAAUAUAUGUAAGACUUUUUGGUUUCAUCCUCAUUUUUAGGAACUACGAUGACUUAUUUUGCAUAUUUUUCUAAUUUAGUGCCGUUGAUUCUCUGGAGAAUUAUAUUUUGCCAACAGCUGACUUCUACACUAUUCUUGAUAUUGCAACUGGAAACUUGCCAUACGAAUUGCUCUCUAAAGCAAUUUCGACGUCGUUUGAGAUCCUUUGUCUCAAUUAUGGGUUCUUUAUUUGUCCAAAAGGCACAACUCCAGGAAAAUUAAUGUUGGACAUCAAGGUGAUCCGCGUCGAAGAUAUUCAGCCGUUAACUCCCGAUGCAUCCGAAGUUCAAGUCAGGAGAUGGAGUAGAAUAGGAUUUAGAAGGUGAGGAAAUUUUAUUUUUUUUAUCUAUUCGAUUUUUAGAUCUGUUUUCCGGACCUUUUUGAAACACUUGAUCAACACAUUCAUGUUCCCCCUUGGCAUCUUCGCUUACGCUUUUGCCUUCAACAGGGCCUUCCACGACCUCCAGGCUGGUACUCUGGUCGUUUCAUUGGACCCCACACAGAUCAUGGAAUAG